GCGGAAAGAGGCUUGCUGUCGCGAAGCGCGGUGGCUUCCGGAGGAGUUUUGGACUCUGCGUGCCCCCGUCGGCGUCCCGCCUUCUCACCAGGGGCAGCUGAGGAGACGCGCGGGAACGGCCGGCGCGUGUUUGAGAACGUAGUGUCAACAUGGGCGAUCACGGCCUGGAGCUGGCGUCCAUGAUUCCCGCCCUGCGGGAGCUGGGCAGUGCUACUCCAGAGGAAUAUAAUACAGUUGUACAGAAACCAAGACAAAUUCUCUGUCAGUUCAUUGAUCGAAUACUUACAGAUGUAAAUGUUGUUGCUCUAGAACUUGUAAAGAAAAUUGACUCCCAGCCAACUUCUGUGAUGUUACUUGAUUUCAUCCAGCAUAUUAUGAAAUCUUCUCCACUUAUGUUUGUAAAUGUGAAUGGGAGCCAGGGGCAAAAUGAGGCCAAAGACAGUUGUAUUGAAUUUAGUAAUUGGAUCAUUACAAGACUUCUACGGAUUGCAGCAACUCCAUCCUGUCACGUGUUACACAAGAAAAUAUGUGAUGUUAUCUGCUCAUUAUUAUUUCUUUUUAAAAGCAAGAAUCCUGCUAUUUUUGGUGUACUCACAAAGGAAUUACUAUAUCUUUUUGAAGACUUGAUUUACCUCCACAAAAGAUGUGUCACGGGUGAUGUUGUGGAAUGGCCAGUGGUUGUUAAUCAAUUUUUAAGCCAAUUAGAUGAACAAAUGGGAUAUUUACAACCAGCUCCUCUGCAACUCAUGAGCAUGCAAAAUUUAGAAUUUAUUGAAUUCACUUUAUUAAUGGUUCUUAUUCGUAUUAUUCCAACUGUGUUUUUUAGAAGACAAGAACUAUUACUUUGGCAAAUAGGUUGUUCUCUGCUAGAGUAUGGUAGUCCAAAAAUUAAAUCUUUAGCAAUCAGUCUUUUAACCGAACUCUUUGAGCUUGGAGGAUUGCCAGCACAACCAGCCAGCACUUUUUUCAGCUCAUUUUUGGAAUUAUUACACCACCUUGUAGAAAUGGAUGCUGACCAGUUGAAACUGUAUGAAGAGCCAUUGUCAAAACUGAUAAAGACACUAUUCCCCUUUGAAGCAGAGGCUUAUAGAAAUAUCGAACCUGUCUAUUUAAAUGUGCUGCUGGAAAAACUCUGUGUCAUGGUUGAAGAUGGUGUGCUUUUUCAGCUCAAGUCUGAUUUGCUAAAAGCAGCUUUGUGUCAUUUACUGCAGUAUUUCCUUAAGUUUGUGCCAGCUGGGUAUGAAUCUGCUAUACCAGUCAGGAAGGUAUAUGUGACAAAUAUUUGUACAGCUCUUAUAGAAAUUCUUGGAGUUCAGACACAUAUAGAGUACUUAUUGGGCCCACUUUAUUCAGCCUUGAAAAUGGAAAGUAUGGAAGCCAUUGGGGGAAUUCAGUGCCAAACUCAACAGGAAAAUCUUGACAGCAAUAGUGAUGGAAUAUCACCAAAAAGGCGUAGACUCAGCUCCUCUCUAAACUCUUCCAGAAGAGCAGCUAAGCAGUGUGAAGAAAUUAAAAGUGUGGAUAUGGACAAAAAGAGUAUAUUAUGGAGUGCACUGAAACAGAAAACUGAAUCCCUUCAGAUUUCCCUUGAAUGCAAUCGUCUAAAGAAUCCUGACCCUGAGACUUUAGAAGGACUCACAGUUGCAUUACAGCUGACUGCUCUCUGCACUGUUCACUGUACUCAUCAAGACACUGACCACCAUGAUUUCAAGGACCAUCAACACAAAUAUAAGAAGCAACCUUCACUAGUGAUAACCUGGAUGUCUUUGGAUUUUUAUACAAAGGUGUUGAAGAGCUGUAGGAGUUUGUUAACAUCUGUUCAGAAAUCUGAGCUAGAAGUAGCCAUUGAUAACGUGGUGAAAAUUUAUGAUGCCAUGAUGUAUAUGCAAGUAAAAAGUUCAUUUGAGGAUCAUAUUCUGGAAGAUUUAUGUGGAAUGCUCUCACUUCCAUGGAUUUAUUCCCAUUUUGAUGAUGAUGCCUUAAAGCUGACCACAUUUGCUACAAAUCUUCUGCCAUUAAGCCAGAAAGUUUUAGAUAGUUACUCCCCACAGGCACAGUCACGAUGUGUGUUUCUUCUUACUCUGUUUCCAAAAAGAAUAUUCCUUGAAUGGAGAACUGCAGUUUACAACUGGGCCCUGCAGAGUUCCCAUGAUGUAAUCCGGGCUAGUUGUGUUAAGGGAUUUUUCAUCUUACUGCAGCAGCAGAGUCCUUGUAACCAAGUUCCCAAGGUGCUUAUUGAUAGAGUCAAAGAUGAUUCUGACAUUGUCAAGAAAGAAUUUGCUUCUAUACUUGGUCAACUUGUCUGUUCUCUUCAUGGCAUGUUCUAUUUGACAAGCUCUUUAGUAGAUCCUUUCUUGGAACAUGUGGACCUUUUCUGUAAGAACCUGAAAGCCACCUCUCAACAUGACUGCUCAUCUUCCCAACUAAAAGCUUCUGUUUGCAAGCCGUUCCUUUUCCUGCUGACAAAAAAUACACCUAGUCCAGUAAAACUUGCUUUCAUAGACAAUCUGCAUCAUCUUUGUAAGCAUCUCAAUUUUCAAGAAGAUGAACAUGAUGUAAAAGUAGUUCUUGGGACUUUAUUAAAUUUAAUGGAAGAUCCAGACAAAGAUGUUAGAGUUGCUUUUAGUGGGAAUAUCAAACAUAUAUUGGACUCUUUGGACUCUGAAGAUGGAUUCAUAAAAGAGCUUUUUGUCUUAAGAAUGAAAGAGGCAUACACACAUGCCCAGAUAUCAAGAAAUAAUGAGUUAAAGGAUACCUUGAUCCUUACAACAGGGGAUAUUGGGAGGGCAGCAAAAGGAGAUUUGAUAUCUUUUGCACUUUUGCAUUUACUGCACUGUUUGUUAUCUAAGUCAGCAUCUGUCUCUGGAGCAGCAUAUACAGAAAUUCGAGCUCUAGUUGCAGCUAAAAGUGUUAAACUGCAAAAUUUUUUUAGUCAGUAUAAGAAACCCAUCUGUCAGUUCUUGGUAGAAUCCCUCCACUCCAGUCAGAUGGCAGCAUUUCCGGGAACUCCUUGCCAGGAUGCCGAGGUGCGAAAACAAGAUGUAGCUCACCAGAGAGAAAUGGCUUUAAAUACCUUGUCAGAAAUUGCCAACGUUUUUGACUUUCCUGAUCUUAAUCGUUUCUUGACUAGGACAUUACAAGUUCUACUGCCUGACCUUGCUGCCAAAGCAAGCCCUGCAGCGUCUGCUCUCAUUCGGACGUUAGGAAAACAACUAAAUGUCAACCGUAGAGAGAUUUUAAUAAAUAACUUCAAGUACAUUUUUUCUCAUUUGGUUUGUUCUUGUUCCAAAGAUGAAUUAGAACGUGCCCUUCAUUAUCUAAAGAAUGAAACAGAAAUUGAACUGGGGAGCCUGUUAAGACAGGAUUUUCAAGGAUUGCACAAUGAAUUAUUGCUACGUAUUGGAGAACAUUAUCAGCAAGUUUUCAAUGGUUUAUCAAUACUUGCCUCAUUUGCCUCUAGUGAUGAUCCAUAUCAGGGCCCAAGAGAUAUCACAUCACCUGAACUGAUGGCUCAGUGGUUAAGAACAGUUGCUGUUCUUCCAGAAGACCUGGGUUUGCUGGCCUUCUUUAAUAUGCAGUUACUGAGCUCCAGUGUUGGCAUCGAAGACAAGAAAAUGGCCUUGAAUAGUUUGAUGUCUUUGAUGGGAUUGAUGGGACCUAAGCAUGUAAGUUCUGUGAGGGUGAAAAUGAUGACCACGCUGAGAACUGGCCUUAGAUUCAAGGAUGAUUUUCCUGAGUUAUGUUGCAGAGCAUGGGACUGCUUUGUUCGGUGCCUGGAUCAUGUUUACCUAGGCCCUCUGCUCAGCCAUGUAAUCGUAGCCUUGCUACCGCUCAUCCACAUGCAGCCUAAGGAAACUGCCGCUAUCUUUCACUAUCUUAUAAUUGAAAACAGGGAUGCUGUGCAAGAUUUUCUUCAUGAAAUAUAUUUUUUACCUCAUCAUCCAGAAUUAGAACAGAUAAAAGAAGUUCUCCAGGAAUAUAGAAAGGAGACCUCUGAGAGCACCAAUCUUCAAACCACUCUCCAGCUAUCCAUGAAAGCAAUUCAACACGAAAAUGUAGAUGUUCGUAUUCAUGCUCUGACCAGCUUGAAGGAAAUCUUGUAUAAAAAUCAGGUAAAAUUGAUAAAAUAUGCAACUGAUAGUGAAACAGUGGAACCCAUUAUCUCAAAGUUGGUGACAGUGCUUUUGAAAGGCUGUCAAGAUGCAAACUCUCAAGCUCGUUUACUGUGUGGGGAAUGUUUAGGAGAAUUGGGGGCAAUAGAUCCAGGUCGAUUAGAUUUUUCAACAACUGAAACCCAAGGAAAGGAUUUUACAUUUGUGACUGGAGUAGAAGACUUAAACUUUGCCUAUGGACUGCUGAUGGAGCUAACAAGAGCUUACCUUGCAUAUGCAGAUAACAGCAGAGCUCAAGAUUCAGCUGCUUAUGCCAUUCAGGAAUUACUUUCUAUUUAUGACUGUAAAGAGAUGCAGAGCAAUGGUUCAGGUCACCAACUGUGGAAGAGAUUUCCUGAGCAUGUUCGGGAAAUACUAGAACCUCAUCUAAAUACUAGAUAUAAGAGUUCUCAGAAGUCAACAGAUUGGUCUGGAGUAAAGAAGCCAAUUUACUUAAGUAAAUUAGGCAAUAAUUUUGCAGACUGGUCAGCAUCUUGGGGAGGUUAUCUUAUAACAAAGGUUCGGCAUGAUUUUGCCAGUAAAAUCUUCACAUGCUGUAGCAUAAUGAUGAAGCAUGAUUUCAAAGUGACCAUCUAUCUUCUUCCACAUAUUCUAGUAUAUGUCUUGUUGGGUUGUAAUCAGGAAGAUCAGCAAGAGGUUUAUGCAGAAAUUAUGGCAGUGCUAAAGCAUGAUGAUCAGCAUACUAUAAGUACCCAAGACAGUGCGUCUGACCUGUGCCAAUUGAGUACACAGACUGUGUUCUCUAUGCUUGACCAUCUCACCCAAUGGGCAAGGCACAAAUUUCAGGCACUGAAUGCUGAGAAACUUCCACAAAACAAAUCAAACAGAGUAUCAGGUGUGGAUUUUGAAGACUAUCAGAGUGUCACUCGUUUUCUAGACCUCAUACCUCAGGAUACGCUGGCUGUAGCUUCCUUUCGCUCUAAAGCAUACACACGAGCUGUAAUGCACUUUGAGUCAUUUAUUACAGAAAAGAAGCAAAAUAUUCAAAAGCAUCUUGGAUUUCUACAGAAAUUGUAUGCUGCUAUGCAUGAACCAGAUGGAGUGGCUGGAGUAAGUGCAAUUCGAAAAGCAGAGCCAUCUCUGAAGGAACAGAUCCUUGAACAUGAAAGUAUUGGCUUGCUGAGGGAUGCCACCGCCUGUUACGACAGGGCUAUUCAGCUAGAGCCAGACCAGAUCAUCCAUUAUCAUGGUGUAGUGAAGUCCAUGCUAGGUCUUGGUCAGCUUUCUACUGUAAUUACUCAGGUGAAUGGAGUGCAUGCUAACAGGUCUGAAUGGACAGACGAAUUGAACACAUACAGAGUAGAAGCAGCUUGGAAACUCUCACAGUGGGAUUUGGUGGAAAACUAUUUGGCAGCUGAUGGGAAGUCUACAACCUGGAGUGUUAGACUGGGACAGCUACUAUUAUCAGCUAAAAAAAGAGAUAUCACAGCUUUCUAUGACACAUUGAAACUCGUGAGAACAGAACAGAUUGUACCUCUUUCAGCUGCAAGCUUUGAAAGAGGCUCUUACCAACGAGGAUAUGAAUUUAUUGUGAGAUUGCACAUGUUGUGUGAGUUGGAACAUAGCAUCAAACCACUUUUUCACCAGUCUUCAGGUGACAAUUGUAAUGAAGACUCUCUGAACUGGGCAGCUCGACUGGAAAUGACCCAGAAUUCCUACAGAGCCAAGGAGCCCAUCCUGGCCCUUCGGAGGGCUUUAUUAAGCCUCAACAAAAGACCAGAUUACAACGAAAUGCUUGGAGAAUGCUGGCUACAGAGUGCCAGAGUAGCCAGGAAGGCUGGGCACCACCAGACAGCCUACAAUGCGCUCCUUAAUGCAGGAGAAUCACGGCUCGCCGAACUCUAUGUGGAAAGGGCAAAGUGGCUCUGGUCCAAGGGUGAUGUUCAUCAGGCACUUAUUGUUCUUCAAAAAGGUGUUGAAUUAUGUUUUCCUGAAAAUAAAUCCCCAACUGAGAGUAAGCACAUGUUAAUCCAUGGUCGAGCUACACUUCUAGUUGGCCGAUUUAUGGAAGAAACAGCUAACUUUGAAAGCAAUGCAAUUAUGAAAAAAUAUAAGGAUGUGACUUUGUUCCUGCCAGAGUGGGAAGAUGGGCAUUUCUACCUUGCCAAGUACUAUGACAAACUGAUGCCCAUGGUAACAGACAACAAAAUGGAAAAGCAAGGUGAUCUCAUCCGGUAUAUAGUCCUUCAUUUUGGAAAAUCUCUACAGUAUGGAAAUCAGUUCAUAUACCAGUCAAUGCCACGAAUGUUAUCACUAUGGCUUGAUUUUGGUGCUAAGGCAUACGAAUGGGAAAAAGGUAGCCGUUCUGAUCGUGUGCAAAUGCGAAAUGAUUUGCUUAAAAUUAAUGGUGUUCUCACAGAGCACACAAAUCGGUUAGCUCCAUAUCAGUUUUUGACUGCUUUUUCACAAUUGAUCUCUCGAAUCUGUCAUUCACAUUCUGAGGUUUUUAGUGUCUUGAUGGAAAUAAUAGCAAAGGUGUUUGUGGCCUAUCCUCAGCAAGCCAUGUGGAUGAUAACAGCAGUGUCAAAGUCUUCAUAUCCCAUGCGUGUGAACAGAUGCAAGCAAAUUCUAAAUAAAGCUAUCAAUAUGAAAACAUCUUUAGAAAAAUUUAUUGGAGAUGCAACUCGCCUAACAGACAAGCUUCUCGAACUGUGCAACAGAUCGGUUGAUGGAAGUAAUUCCACAUUAAGCAUGAGCAUCCAUUUUAAAAUGCUAAAAAGGCUGGUUGAAGACCCAACAUUUAGUGAAAUCCUCAUUCCUUUACAAUCAGUCAUGAUCCCUACUCUUCCAUCAAUUCUGGGUGCCCAUGCUAAUCAUGACCCUUUUCCUGGGUAUUGGGCCUAUCUUGCAGGCUUUGAUGAUGUGGUGGAAGUUCUUUCUUCUCUUCAGAAACCAAAGAAGAUCUCUUUAAAAGGCUCAGAUGGAAAGUUCUACAUCAUGAUGUGUAAGCCAAAAGAUGACUUGAGAAAGGAUUGCAGACUAAUGGAAUUCAAUUCUUUAAUUAAUAAGAGCUUAAGAAAAGAUGCAGAAUCUCGUAGAAGAGAACUUCAUAUCCGAACAUAUGCAGUCAUUCCACUGAAUGAUGAAUGUGGAAUUAUUGAAUGGGUGAACAACACUGCUGGCCUGAGACCUAUUCUGACCAAAAUAUAUAAGGAAAAGGGAAUGUAUAUGACAGGAAAGGAACUUCGCCAGUGUAUGCUACCAAAGUCAGCCGCUUUGUCUGAAAAACUCAAAGUAUUCCGAGAUCUUCUCCUGCCUAGGCAUCCUCCUGUUUUUCAUGAGUGGUUUCUAAGAACAUUCCCUGAUCCUACAUCAUGGUACAGUAGCAGAUCUGCAUACUGCCGUUCUACUGCAGUAAUGUCAAUGGUUGGUUAUAUCCUGGGGCUUGGAGACCGUCAUGGUGAAAAUAUUCUUUUUGAUUCUUUCACGGGUGAAUGUGUACAUGUGGACUUCAACUGUCUUUUUAAUAAGGGAGAAACUUUUGAAGUUCCAGAAAUUGUACCAUUUCGCCUGACUCAUAAUAUGGUUAAUGGAAUGGGUCCUAUGGGAACAGAGGGUCUAUUUCGAAGAGCGUGUGAAGUUACAUUGAGGCUGAUGAGAGAUCAGAGAGAGCCAUUAAUGAGUGUCUUAAAGACUUUUCUACAUGAUCCUCUGGUGGAAUGGAGUAAACCAGUGAAGGGGAAUUCCAAAGCACCACUGAAUGAAACUGGGGAAGUUCUCAAUGAAAAGGCUAAGACCCAUGUUCUUGACAUCGAGCAGCGACUAAAAGGUGUAAUCAAGACCCGAAACAGAGUAACAGGGCUGCCGUUAUCUAUUGAAGGACACGUGCAUUACCUCAUACAAGAAGCUACUGAUGAAAACUUACUAUGCCAGAUGUACCUUGGCUGGACCCCAUAUAUGUGAAAUGAAAUUAUUUCAAAUAUGUUAAUAAUCUAAAAUGAAUGUUAUUAAUCAGU